CCACAGUACCUGGGUUACUGCCUGAUUGAAUACCUGAGAAGAGGUUCCGUGCCCUCUGCAAUGGAUGAUGGCCACUUUCUUUGGCAACCACACUGCCUCCAGAAUGGCUAAGAUCUUGGACACAGUUUUGAUCUGCCUUUCCCCAGAUGCAAAAGGGUGAAUCAUGUCUACGAAGGCCAGCAGGACUGAAUCCAGAAAGAGAAGAGAAUCGAAAAAGGAUAGUUCAUGGGCUGAAAAAAUCUUCAACCACAAAUCCUAUAUCACCUUCCUUACUGGCUGCUACAGUUGCCACUGGAAAUUCAGACAGUGGGAAAAAACCAAACUUGGAUCGUGUUGCUGUUCUCGGACAGAGCAAGUCUGUUGUGUUAUCCUGGUCAUUUCAUUUGUCUUAUCUGUGAUUUUGCUGUUUGUGUGGAUAGAAAUCUCAAAUGAAUAUUUCGGCUUUGAUUGGGUCAUUUUUCUAGGAACAGGAAUCUGGGUCUUCGGUUCCAUAAUUUUUCUGAGUAUACUUGGGACCCUGACUGCGUAUACUUCAUUGCUGGUGAUAGUUGGAAUCUUGUUGCUUCGGGAAAGAAUCGAACUGUACUUGCACAAGUGUCAUAAGGUUACUAUUGUACUGGCAAUUCUGCUAUACAUGCUUUUACUGUUUGCUCUGUUUAAAUUCUGGAAAGACAAGUGGCUGACAGUUGGGCUGUCGCUACAGAUCUUUGCUCCCUACAUACACCUGUGCUGCAUUACGGUGAUGACUCUCCUUUCCUGGCCUGUGGCCUUCUGUGUGAUCUAUUUGGAAACAGAAGUUAGAAUAAGAAGAUACAGGACAACGUAUUACGAGGAAGAAAUGCUCAAGAGAUGUAAUAUAUUCACAAGGUUAAGAGCUAUACAGGUAGCUGUUGGACUGCCUUUUCUUCUUAUCCUUGUAUGUCUUUAUUUGAUGCCACUGGGGAUUCAUUCUCCCUGCAUUCAGGAAAAGGAGGAUUUGGGGCCCAAACCAGUCUUCUUUGCACAUAGAGGUGCACCCAUGCAUGGACCAGAGAAUACCAUGAUGGCCUUUGAGAAAGCUGUUGAAUUUGGGGCCUAUGGGCUGGAGACUGAUGUACAGUUCAGUUUUGAUAAUGUGCCUUUCCUCAUGCACGACUAUGAUCUGAGAAGAACAACCAAUAUCAGGGAGGUCAAGCCUGAAGUUGCAAAUGAUCAUCCUGUCUUCUUCAAUUGGACAUUCCUGUCGACUCUGAAUGCAGGCAGAUGGUUUCUAGAUCCAUGGCGCAGACCAUAUUUCAAUAUGCCAUACCAAUCAGAGGCUGAUAAACGCAGAGCAAGAAAUCAGUCGAUUCCAAAACUAGAUGAUUUGUUGGAACUUGCAAAGAAGGAAAAUAAAUUUGUGAUAUUUGAUCUUUAUGGCCCUCCAGCAAAACAUCCUCUCAGACACUCAUUUGUCAAGCAUGUAACAAAGGUGAUCCUUGACUCUAAAAUUGAGCCACAUCUGAUUUAUUGGUUGCCAGCCUAUGAUAGAGGGUACGUCAGAGAAAAUGCUCCUGGUUUUCGAAUGGUGGGCCGUUUAUAUACCAUGGAAGAACUUGGAAAGGAAAAUAUCAGUACAAUAAAUGUUGACUACAAGAAUUUGUUCUACAGGGGGUUUAAGGAUUAUAAAGCAGCUAACAUCAACAUCAACUUAUACCUGGUCAACGAGCCUUGGCUCUUCUCACUGGCCUGGUGCUCCAGGAUUGACUCGGUGACCACAGACAACAUUCCGCUCCUGAGUCAGCUUGAUUCCCCUCACUUCUUCAUGACACCAGGAUACUAUAUGUUCAUAUGGCUUAUCAUGGAUAUUAUUUCUGCAGUUUGCAUUGGUGCACUAUUUUAUUUUCUCUGGCAGAGAAAGAUGAAGACAGAACAAUUGCUUGAAAGAGCUAGAAAUCAAACAGAUAGCAUAGACCUUCCAGAGGAAAGAAUUGAGAUUCAAGAAGCUCCACGCUGAUAUGUAAAGCCUCCUUCCAGAGUUGUGCAAAGCCCUUGGACUCAGCCCUCUACCCAGUUUUAACCAAGGAUGUAAACAGACAUCCAGGCACUUUUCAUUUUUCAUUAGCCCCCAAGAAGAAACUAGUGCUUGCCAAACCCUAUGUUAAUUGGUGCACCCUGUGUUAACUGGUGUAACUCCAUCCAGGAGGCCACCAGCAGUACUGCCCUCCAUAGAGGCACCCAUGACUGAAUCUUCCAGUGAAUCCUUUGUAACACUAUAUUCUACUCCAUACAACAUAUUCUUUUCAAAGAAGAAUUAGCCACAUCUCACUCUCCUUCUCCCUCCUUCUGUCUGUGUCCAAGUAGGGGAUGGUCAAGAAAGGCACACAGAGGGCCACUGAGGCUCUCAGGAGAACCUUUCUCCUGAGAAAGGUUAUGGAAAGGUCCAGCCCUUCCAUAAGUAUGUAUCUCAACAGGAUAGGCAAGGGGAAAUGUGUGAUCUUGGAUCUAGAAUGAGUUGCUCUGUGGGGAUUGCAGUUUGUCUUAUCCUAACACUUCCAUAGUAUCCCCUGAUAAGAGUGACUAGUAACAUCAGCAUGUCAAUAAAGGCAACCUGUUGGGAA